UUGAGCUCACAAAACCAUGCAUUUUAAUUAAUAACAUUUAGAAUAAGCUCACAAUGCGUUUUCUACUCACUAGUGAGCUUUUUUUCAACAUUUUAAAAGGUCCCUCCCGAUGCUAUAGCAAAGAUAAAUCGGCGGAUCCUAAACAUCCCAAGGACUUAAACUUUCAAUCAACAAAAACCACGCAGUCGGUUGCUGUAUCUUCCAAAAUACCAGCUGAUUUAGUAGAGAAAAGCCCUGCCUCAAAAACAUUAAAGGCCGCUGAAUCUCCAAAACUAACACAUGAACUGAUAAAGGUCAACCAGCCCAAGGCAUCAGCGAAAGUAGCAGUUCGGGAAGCAGUUUCAAAUGCGCAGCCGAAUGUAAAGGACAGUGGCAAGAUUACACAAAUUCCUAGUGAUACUGGGAAACAGGUAUCUACAGAAAACAGUAAACCUGCAGCAAUUCAAGAGUCGUUUAAAAACCCGUCAAACAAAAUACCAUUGUCAACUGUUUCCCCCAAUCCCAAAGGAGCCGUAGAAAAGAAACAAAAACUGCUUACUUAUCCAGUUGUUCCAUUAGAUGAAAUACUCAAACGAUUUCUACGCACCGUCAAACCACUACUGAGGAAAAAGGUGUUUAAAGAACAAGAAGAACUAACUAACCAAUUUGAAAAGAAUGAGGGCUCUGAGCUCCAACGUCUGCUCGAAGAGGCAGGUCGUUUGGAAAAUAAUUGGUUAGCAGAUCGUUGGAAAAGGGUCGCCUAUCUUGAGAAUAGAGCGCCACUUACAAUAUUCACAAGCCCCUGCAUGACAUUUCCAAUGCAAUAUUUUCAAAACAAAUCCAAAUUUCUUAGCUUUGUCGCAAAGGUGAUCUACGGCAUGGGUGAGUUUAAGGAGAUAAUUGACGCACAGAAACUUCCUGUUGUUCAGAUGGACUCGUUCAAUUUGGAUAACAGCCAGUUCUGUAAGGUGUUCGGUACAGUGCGCAAGCCAAGGCGUUUUUGUGAUGUUUUGGAACAGCAUGCCCAAUCUAACCAUGUAGUGGUUAUACACAACAACCACUUCUACAAGAUUUCAAUUUACAAUGACAACGGCAAAUUACUACAUGUAGAUGUACUGACUGAACUCUUGACGAACAUCUACAACCGAAAACGAACCAAAGGACCGAGCGUGGGCCUCCUGACCCACGACCAACGAGAUAAUUGGGCUGAAACCUAUGCGCUUCUUAGCCGUAAUCCAAAGAACUUACAAGUCUUAAAAGUCAUAGAGCAGGCUUUGUUUACGGUCUCACUAGAUAGGAAUGUACCAGCCACUAAGGAGGAUCAGUUAAAUGUCCUUGCUCAGCAGCUCCUCCAUGGCGGAGGUCUAAUGGAGAAUAGCUCCAACCGUUGGAUGGAUAAAACUUUACAGCUCAUUGUUAACCCCAAUGGCAUGGCUGGUUUUUGUUUCGAGCAUGCACCAGCAGAUUGCCAGCCCGUUGCCGUGAUGAUGGAUUUUAUACAGAAGAAACUGUCAGAUGCCAACUAUGGAACAUGUGGUUGCAAGGAGCACAAAGAUUCGAACUGUGUAACGCCGCUCAACUUUGCCCCGCCCGACAAAUGCAUUAGUUUCUGGCUAACAAUAGCUGAACGGAACAUUGAAAAUUUAUUGCCGCAACUGCAGGUUCACGUAUUUAAGUUCAUGAGCUAUGGGAACAACUUCAUCAAAGCUCAAGGCCUUAAUCCGGACAGCUUUAUACAGAUGGCAUUGCAGCUGGCGUUUUGUCGGCAACACUGUCAGUUACCCGCACAAUAUGAGUCUGCACAUUUACGCCUCUUUUCGGGCGGACGCACCGAGACCAUACGCUCCACAUCCAUGGAGUCACGUCACUUUGUGCAGGCUAUGACAAAGGCAAAGACGAGCAGAAAUCAGCGUUUGAAGGCCCUUCGCGUCGCCGUCGAUGGCCACCAGGAGUACACAAAGCUGGCGCUGCAAGGACGUGGUGUAGAUCGACAUCUGCUUGGACUGCGGCUAAUGGCUCGUGAGCAUGGCAAGCCGCAGCCUAAGUUUUUUAAGUCCGAGGGUUUUGCUAAGUCUAUGCAUUUUCGCAUCUGCAGCUCCCAGGUGGCAACCAACCAUGAAGCCUUUAUGGCUUAUGGGCCGGCAGUCAGAGAUGGCUAUGGCUGCUGCUAUAAUCCACGUGCAGCUGACAUAAUUAUUGCCAUAUCUGCUUGGCGGUCCAACCAGAAAAUAUGUGCCACACAGUACGGCAAGUCAAUAGAGACAGCGUUGAACGAAAUGGGCCAAUUGAUAAUGGAUAACAAGGAGUUUCUGUGCAUAAAAAAAUAAAAAUAGCAAUUAAACUCAAA